AUGUGGUCCAAGUGGCCCCCUCAAAACCUCUGGGGUGCCGCGGCUGCGGGUGUGAUAGCACAUGGUGCACGCACAGAAAAGCUCGGUGCAACAAAGGGCCCUGCAUUCCUCACCGGGUCGCGCCCGCCCGCGAAUUCACGAGCGCAGAAUAUGACACUGACAUCCGCAGACAAGGUCGAGCUCGCUGCAUGGUACGCCGACAACCGACGCGCCGUCCCCAUCCGCCCCGAAGCCGGUGUCCUUGUCGCGUCCAUUCUUGUGUCCAUCCUCGGCUCGUAUGCAACCCUCCUCGUGCUUGGCCGCCGCACGUCGCCCCGCGGCUUCCGAAACCUGAUCCUCCUGCUCCUUGCCGCCGUCUGUUUCUCAGCCGUUGCGGUAUGGGGGAUGCACUUCGUCUCCAUGAUCUCGAUCCGACUUCAGGCGACGCCCGAGAAGAACGGAGUACAAUGGUACAUGCAGUUCUCUGCGGGCAUGACAGUCAUGUCAUUGUUUAUUCCUCUGGUCGCGACCUCGUUUGCCUUCUGGUUCCUCGCCUCAGAGGCGGAAUUCAUUUGGUGGCGCGGUCUCAUCUCUGGUAUCAUUGUUGGUCUCACCAUCGGUCUCAUGCACUACUCUGCGGCGUUCAAGCUCCCUUACCUCGACGUCCGUUACACUGCCGUCACGGUCGUGUUCGCCCUCAUUCUCGCAUGUGUCGCCGCCACUGUCGCCUUCGGUCUCUUCUUCCGUCUGCGUGAGCAGUGGCAGGACUCGUUCUGGAAGCGUGGUCUCUGUGCCAUCUUCCUUGCCGCCGCCGUGUGUGGUAUGCACUACCUCGGUGUCGGCGGCGCGAGCUACUACAUCAAGCAGGGCGUCGACUACAAUGCAAUCGCCACGGACGACCGCCAGUCGAUCCGUCUGACGGUGGCCAUUUCCGUCAUGUGCGCGUGCAUCAUUCUGCUUUCAGUCGGCAUCUCCAUUAUCGACUGGCUCAUUCGUCGUGACAUUCGUAACCGCGCCCGUCACAUUGUUGUCGCUUCUGCCGCCUUCGAUGAGACCGGCAAGCUCCUUGUGCGUCACGACGGAACGAUCCCCAUGCAGAUCAUCCAGACCGACGCCGAGCUCGCUCGCGUCCUCGGUGAGCUGGACCCCCGCCGCCCCACUUUCCAGUGGCUGUACCAGCUCUCCUUCAACUGGCCCGUCAUCACGCCCUUCGUUCCUCGCAUCCUCCGCGAGAUUACGACUCGUGGCAAGAAGACCGAGGCCCCGCCCACGUCCGACCGUUCGAUGAACCGCUCCGCCUGGGAGCAGCUCCUCUUCCGUUCGCGUUUCGUCGAGGCGUGCGUCCUCCUCGCCCACCAGCUGGACCUCUCGAUCGAGUCGCUUGGCGUCAUGUUCGACCGUGUGCUUACGACUGGCACCCGUGAGAAGGACAACCGCGACAAGGGCGUCGAUGAGAAGGGCAACCCGAUCAGGCCGGACGAUGAGUCGUCUAUCCACGGUAUCACCCUGAACCUGCACAACUCGGAGGGUGUCAUGCUCUUCAUCGUCCGCACGAUCGGCAACGGCGCCCCGGCCUCGCACGACACUCCCUCGGGCGACAAGACCGUCGGUGUCUCGUCUGACAACAUUGACUCGUACCUCGCUCGUGGAUACCGUCUCACUGAGACCCGCUUCUUCUCGAAGACGCUCGCCGACAACAUGGGUGUCUCCAAGCAGGAGAUGGAUGUCUUCCUUUCCGCCUGUAAGACCUACGCCAAGCGUGGUACCCGCCCCGUCGUCCAGACUGGCGGUGCCUACCUCGGUCUCUUUGGCGUCCGCCCUGCCGGUGACUCUGGCCUCGAUGUUCUUGUUUACAACUUUGCCCGUCACCAGAUCCCCGCCUACCGUCUCCCCGACGUUGGCUAUCCGCUGUCGCCAUCGAUGCGCACAUUCGUGCGAGAAUGCGCCAACCUCAGCAUGGCCGAGGUGCUGCAAAAGUGCAACGACGCUGUGCAGGAGGCCGAGGCGUCCGACAACGGCUCCACGAUGUCCCUUGAUGAGGCGCUGUACGAGUUCCAGGCGGCCAUUGCUGUUGCCAUUGAGGCUCUGACGACGGCGCUCCGCUGCUGGCCCGACCUGCAGAACAUUGCCCGUCUCUCGCCUGAGAUCCUCGACCUGCCCACGUCUGACCAGGACGACAAGGUUCCGGCUCAAAUGAUCAUGCUCGAGGUCGUCCUUGGCGCCCCCGAGGCCCGCAUGACUCCUGUCCAGUCUCGCGCCUCUGGCGUACAGGCUCCUGGCGUCAAGUCUGGCCGCAGCGAGUCUGACAAGCCCCCCGCUCCCUUUGUCUACACGCCUUACAGCCUGUUCACGAAGUCGCAGACGAUGCUCCUCCGCGCUCACGGCGUGCAGGAGUUCUGUCGCAGCACGCAGGGCGACCUCGCUCGCUUGUACCCCUACGUCGCUUCCGAUGUUGCCGCCGAGCUGGACGAGGCCGACGACAAGAAGGUCUCGAACCCGUUCGACAGCAUCAACACGAUCCCGGGCGAGAGCAAGAAGUGGAAGAACUCGCGCAUGUCCAAGCUCUCUCGCGGCCUGCACGUCGAGACGAGCGGCAAUCGCUUCCACCCCAGCUCUGGCCCCGACAGCGUCUCCCCGAACAGCACGACCGAGUUCGACGCCAUGUCCUCCCCGACAGCGAUCCUCGACAAGUCGGCGCUGCACCACGACGACGACGUCAGCUCGCACGAGCCCGGCCCGCCCGUCUACAACGCGAUCCGUGGCAAGACCGAGGGCUGGUACGGCCGCUCGAUGCGCGCGAUCGAGCGCAACGACCGCGGCGGCCUUCUCAAGGACGUCGAGUACAGCGACAACUAA